AUGGCUGCGAUGGAGAUAAAGAAGAGCAAGGAGAUUCCAAAGGUUUCCGGGGGCUUCCAGGGGCCUUUUCUUGGAUUCCCUGAGGAAACAGCAGAACAGAUCCUUCCGGAAGCUACAUGGUCUGUUAAUAUUGUUUUAGGACCAAGCAAAGUUUUUAUUAUUGUUGAUGUGAUUCCUUUUAUUCUGUUGUCAGUACCACCAGAGCAGCGAGAGAGAGACACGAGUGGCCAGGCCCAGCCGCAGCCGCAGCAGCAGCCGCCGCGGCGGCACGGAGGAGCCAGACACAAAGAGAGGUACGGGGAUCCCCCCCGCCUCCCGCCGCCCCCCGGCCGCGUCGCCGGGCCUCGGGGACACCCCUCGCCGCCUCCCCGGACCCGCUCCGCCCGGACCGCCGGGCACGGGGCUGAGGGGGGGCGGAGAGGGGCCGAGGAGCCCCAGGGGUCCGGGGCCCGCCCGCGGGGGAUGGGGGUGGCAGUCGGGCGUGUGCUCGGGACCCCCGCCCCAGCCCCUCAGCCCGAGCCGGGCGGCCGAGACACCGGCCUUCGGGGAGAGGCGUCGGGGCGCGGCGCCGGGGGGCCUCGGGCCUCGUCGUCCCUGCCCCCCCCGCCGGCCUCUCCCUUCCCCCACCGGGCACCCGCUCCCCGCCUCCGUCCCCCCGUUUCGGCUUCCUCUCUUACUCUUCUCCGCCCCUCCUCUCUUCCCGAUCUCGCCGAACUCCACUCCUGGCCCCCGCUGUCUCGCUUUGGCCACCCGCCCUCCGCGACCCCCGAAAAGCCGACAGAAACAGCCCCGAGGCCGGCACACCGCCGGGACCUUCCCUCCUUGCCCCGCCGAGGCUCUCCGCGCCCCCGCCCUGCCCUCCUCCGGCUGCUCGGCAUCUCCCCUCCCAGCCCCGAGGGGAGCCCCGGGGGGCGCGGGAGGGGCCGCUCGCCUUGCUCCGGACCGUUUUCCCACCGCGUCCCCCACUUGGGGCCAAAAAUAAACAAGCCGCGUCCGAUUUGCAAAAGCCUUAAUGGGCCUGUAGACUUUGAGAAACGAGUGUUGGGCGGUGGGCAGCCGGUGCACCCCUGGCCGAAGCCCUCCUGA